CUACCAACACUUGCCCCAAUAGUCUGUUAAGGCUACACGGGGAAUAUUUGUCUUGCAAUGAAAUGUCAGGUUAGUGCCUUGUGGCUGUACGCGGUCUGUCACGAUUAGCGUGAUCGUUGUCGUCUUCUUCUUACGCGACAGAUAAUGUCACACAGACCCGAACCUCACCCACACACGUGCAAUCGUCACCACUAAAGUAACACACACACGUAUAAAAUACACAAUUCCACAAAAAUUACAGACAUUUGAGGCUGAGUCGAACUAGAGGAGGUUCCAAUGCCGAUACAGAUACUCGUCACCGAUGUUGGCUGUGGGUGGAGAUUGAACUCGGGUGUCCGGCUGGAGGAGAGGGGUUGCGGAGGAGGAAGUGGAGCAGCAGCAGCAGGAGGAGGAGGAGGUGGUGGUAGUGGCCACCACCACCACCACCACCACCAGGGCCUCUACCUCCCCGCCUGUCACGGCUACUGCGACCUGGGAGCGGUGCCUCCGUUCCUGCCCGCAGUUCACUACCCGUACCCCGCGCCGAGCGCGCUCCCUUCGGGCCGCGACGGGGGCCCUUUCAGAGCCUAUGGACUCCAGGACGCAGCCAUGAGACACUGGGACAACAGAUUCUCCGGAGACAACGUCGCCAUGAUUCAACAGCACCACCACCAGCAGCAGCAGCACCAGCAGCAUCAGCAGCAGCUGCAAGCGGCGCGAUGUUCGGCGAGCGAUGGGUUUGGAGUUCCCUCGAAGGGCGGCCGAGUGGGCGUCGAGGCGGCGGUGUUCGGCGCCAUCGGAGCCGGGUUCGCCGCUUCGGUGUGCGGAGAACUCCCCUCCUCAUCCUCUCCCUCCUCCUCCUCUACCGCCGGACUGCAGCUACAACAGCUACAGCAGCAGCAGCUACAACAUCAGCAGCAGCAGCUGCAACAGCAGCAGCAGCAGAGACCCGCGCAGCUCGGGCGCAACGGUGUUCUACCGCAGGGCUUCGAUCAGUUUUUCGAGUCGACGGCUUACGUUGGAUACCACCACCACCAUCAUCACCAUCAGCAGCAGCAGGAGCAACACGGCUCCGGCAGCUACGCCGCCACUGCGGGGGGGUCCCUACAGGGCCAGUCAGGGGGGGUGGCGACGGCGGCUGCGGCGGCUGGAGGAGGCGAGGGGGGGCAGGCGGCGCGGGCUGCCGAGCGCGAGGAGGGCGACAGCGGCGCCGAGUCCGGCGGCGGCGACGUCGGCAGCGGCGCGGCGUCCGCGGCGUCCGCGUCGCCGCUCGCCGCGCGGCCCAGCGAGCAGAAGGCGUGCGGCUCGGCGGCCGGUCGGAGCCCCCGGAAGAAGCGCUGCCCCUACACCAAGUUCCAGACGCGCGAGCUCGAGCGGGAGUUCUUCUUCAGCGUCUACAUCAACAAGGAGAAGCGACUGCAGAUCUCGCGCCUACUCAACCUCACCGACCGCCAGGUCAAGAUCUGGUUCCAGAACAGGCGCAUGAAAGAGAAGAAGCUGAACAGGGAUCGAAUGCAGUACUUCGCGGCCAACCCGCUGCUAUGAAGGGCCGUCGUUGCUUGUCGGCGAAUGUCUGUGUCUGUGCGUGUUGAUGAUGCGCCUGUGUGUCCGCGUGCACGUCAGUGUACGUGUCUCUGUUGUAAGCGGUUAGCGCUCUGCGCUAAGAACCCAGCGGCGAAGCGAGUUCGAUUAUUCCCGCUCAUGGCAACCAACACCAGUGACAAUUAUCUGAACCGGUUCUGGGCCUCCCCUAUGUCAACUCAGCCUCAAAUGAGUAACCUGGUGCAGUGUGUAAACAUCGCCACGGGAAGAGACAGAGGCGGUCGGGCGUGGUGCUGGCCACCCACCCCCUCGUGUGCUGUGCCGGCCUUGAUAGGUCUUCGCUAACAGCACUUGCCAAAUUAAUCUGUUAAGGCGAUACAGGGGAUCUUUGUCUUGUGUUUGCUGCGUAGGUUUGUUGUGUUGUGAGGAGAGGUGGCGCAGUGGUUAGCGUACAGCGUUACGAAGCCGACGACCUGGGUUUCCAUUUCCGCCCGGCCACGGCUAACAUCAUUGGCGAGUAUCGUCUCCGCUCGGCAUUAAAUUAGUUGUCCCUACUGCGGCGUGUGAAAACAUGAAGCACUGCGAUAGCAGGAAGGAAAGUACGCCAGGUGUGGUAGCGAUGAUGAUGGCAGUCUCUCCACGGCUAGAGCGGGGAUGUGUUGUGUGUGUGUGUACGUGUGUACAUGUGUACAUGUGUGAGCGGUGGUGUAGCGGUUAGGGCGCUGCACCACGAACCUGGCAACUCGAGUUCAAUUCCCGCUCACGGCCAACACCAGUGACGAUUAUUUGAAUCGGUCCUGGGCCUCCUCUAGGUCGACUCAGCCUCAAAUGAGUACCUGGUGUGGUGUGUGAACAUCGCCACUGGGGAGACAAAGGCGGUCGGGCGUGGUGCUGGCCAGCCACCCCUUUAGUGUGUCGUGCCGGCCUUCAUAGGUGCUCGCUAACAGCACUUGCCCCAACAGUCUGUUACAGGCUAUACGGACGAUCUUUGUCUUUGUGCACACAGGUUACGACACGUUACAGUUCACAAGUGUGUUCGCUGCUGAUGAUCAUGAUGAUACGGGUGGUGACGAGAGCCACAAGUGCAAGACGGAUGAUGAUGAUGAUGACGAUAAUAAUUUUAUGAUGGUGAUGAUGUAUAAAGUUUAUAUGUCAUAUAUAAAGGUAAUAAUGUAUUAUCUUUAUAUAGAGAUUUAAUAAUAAUACUGUAUAGACUUAUAUGAAUAUAGCCUAUGAAACAAUACAGCUGGCCUAUUUGGUUUGAGUGCGGUGAAGAUUGACUUGGGGUUUUUUUUCCCUUCUAUUUACAAGAAGCAAGUCGUUUUUAUCUUUUUGUACACGCGUGUUCAAUUAACUAUUACAUAAAUUAUUGCAAGAUGCUGUACGCGACUGAUGAAAGUGCGGGUUUAUUUGCGACGUGUGUAGGUAGUUAGGUGGUCACCUGUCUCGAUACCAAAACGAAUGAAUAUUCGAAUGAUUACAGACGCGUUGCACUCUGUUCACGUUGUGUACCCACGCGUUGACUGGAGCGGUGUUUGUUUAGCUGUGAUUAAAGCCAUAUACGAGUGUAUAAAUAUAUAAAUAUAUCUCCGUUUGUACAAGAUAAAUGCGAAAAUGCAAUUCACACGCACAGUGUAACAACAACAACAACGACGAUCACAACAAUAACAACAACAAUAUGGGUUACGUUGCGCGUGCGUUCGUGUUAUGACGUCAUAUUUGAGUUUACGUUGCACGCGGUCGAUGCCCGAUUUCUAAGUUGUUUGGUGAAUGCCAAUUUUGGUUUUUAUU